CACACUCUGUUUCCUCUGUGUCUCUCUCCAAACGUGUCAGUCAAGCCAGUCAGUUGAUUAUUUGUGUGUGUGUGUGUGUGGUGGUUGGUUUGGGGGAUGUUGAAAAGAGCUCGAUACCAUCCUUCAUCUCUAUGACAGACGGACAAGAGAAACAGAGACAAGGACACAGGGACGUACGAGGAAACUCACCAACCGGUUGACUUCCUGACACCACCACUGCUGCUGUCUAUGAGCUGCACUGAGGCAGAGGAGUGGACUUCCCAACAAUCUUGACAAACCCUGUUAAACUCCAGCAGCAGCAGCAUCAGAGGCAGCAGCAGCAGCAGACAUGUCCUCUCCUUCCCUACCCAUGCCUUCUCUACCCCCCAGCCCCUUAGCCAUGGAGUAUCUAAAUGACUUUGACCUCCUCAAGUUUGAGGUGAAACCAGACACUCCUCCACUCCCUCCUCCAUGUUCGUAUCCCAAAUCUGGCCUUCCCCACGACCCCUCCAGCUCUCCGUACACCAGCCACCCUCCGCAGGACUCCAGUUUGAGCUCCAGCCCUUACAACUCUCUGCCACCCUCGCCAACGCUCAGCGACGCCCACCCGCCGCCUUCGGGCUCAUCCUCCCUGUCUUCGUCAUCCUCUUCCAUCUCCUUCCCUCUCUCCAUCUCCAACAGCUUCACCUCUGGCAUCAGCUCCGGCUCUCAGGGCAACGUGGAAAGCAGCCCGGCCCACGGAGGGCCUCAGGGUCCAACCCCGGCCUCCCUGGAGGACCUGAUAUGGUUGGCGGCACUGCAGCAACAGUUUGGUGGUGAGGUGACGGGGCCUGCCACUUUGUUGGGAGCGUUGGGAGGAGUACCAGAGAGAGGGGACAGAGAAAGGAGUCCGGGUAAUGGCUUUUUGGGGUGUGAGGAUGCUGUGGAGGCUUUACUGAAUUCAGCUGCUGCAGCUGUCAGCUCACAGUUCCCAGGUCUUUCUCAGAGUUCGAGCAGCAACCUGGGAGACUCCAGCAGCGACAGCGGCGGUGACAUCUCCUGCGGCAAAGCGACAGACAUGUGCCAUCGCCCGCUCGUCUUCCUCUCAUCCGCUCCUCCGUCGCUCUCAAACGCUGCCCAGGCCUCAGCUCCUUACCCUCAACCCCUCAGCCCCCAGGCCCGCCUUCAUCACCACCAGCAUCACCAUCAUCACCCACAUCACCCCAUGCAUGGCGGCCAUCACCAUCACCACCACCCACAAAUGAAUCAGGUACACGGGUGCGGGGUGAACGAGCGUUUCUCCGACGAGCAGCUGGUGAGCUUGUCGGUGCGAGAGUUGAACCGACACCUGCGCGGAGUGAGUAAGGAUGAAGUGGUGCGCUUGAAGCAGAAGCGGCGCACGCUAAAGAACCGGGGAUACGCGCAGUCCUGCCGCUACAAGCGCCUACAGCACCGCCACGCACUGGAGUCAGAGAAACAUGUGCUCACGCAACAGUUGGAGCAGCUACAAUGUGAGCUGACUCGAGUGCUGAGGGAGCGGGACGCCUACAAGGCUCGCUACGAGAAGCUCCUGAGCACGAACCACGGCAUUGGCGGCGGCGAUGCCCCACCGACCCGCACCAGCAACCCACCUUCCCCGCCCCCUGACUACUUCCUCUGA